GGAGACAAGACUACAAUCAAAAUGUGCCAUGUGGUUUGACCAGAAGGCAGGAAGGGUGACUGCGUCAAACAUCCGAGCAGCCUGCCACACGGACCCAGACAAACCAGCUGUCUCCUUGCUGAAGAAGCUGUGCUAUCCUGUGGCCUUCAAGGACCCAAACAACAACACACCACAUUCUCUCAGGUGGGGCAUUGAACACGAGAGAAAAGUAGUUGAGGAGUACACCAAGAUGAUGGAAAAGUUCCACACCAAUCUCACUGUCAAGAAGGCAAGGCUGGUCAUCAACCCCCAGUACCCAUGGUUAGGGGCAUCCCCAGAUGGCAUACUAACAUGUGACUUCCAUGAGAUGGGUGUGUUGGAGGUAAAGGCACCCAGCAGCCUUCAGAAUAGCACUUUGAUGGAGAAAUGCAAACAGGACAGCAUGUUUUGUCUCCAAGAGGUUGAGGGGAAGCUUUCAUUGAAGAGGGACCAUCAGUACUUUUGUCAGGUGCAGACUCAAAUUCACCUGACACAGGCAAGCUACUGCGAUUUUGCUGACUGGGGACCAGGGAAAGAAGGCAAAGGGGAAAUCCACAUUGAGAGAAUACUGCCUGACACUGACUUUUUUGACACCAUGUGUGAAAAGGUUCACAUUUUUGUACAGAAAUGUGUCAUUCCAGAGUGGCGCUAUGACUACCACUCAUAA